AUGGAAGGUCGACAACCAGCGACACUAGGUGUCUCAAUCACCUUCUUCACAAUCGCGAGCAUCUUCGUCGCGCUCCGGUUCAUUUCGCGAAUAUUCGUGGUCAGAAAAAUUGGGUUACACGACUGGCUGAUGUUGGUCGCAUGGAUCAUCGAUUUUGGCUUCUCGUUCUCACUCUUCUUUUCUGUGCAGAAAGGUUUGGGAUUACAUUCCAGCGAGAUCAAACCUGAAGACGAGCUCGCUUUUAACAAGGCCAAUUAUGCAUUUACGGUUCUCUACAACCCGGCGUUAAUGGCCGUCAAGACCUCGAUCCUUAUCUUCUACCUAACCCUGACACGAAAUCAAAAAGUCUUUCGCUACGCAAACUAUAUCACUCUGUUUGUCGUAAAUGCUGCAGGCCUUGCAUUGACAUUAGUAAAUGUUUUCCAAUGCAGUCCUAUCGGCGCAGCGUUUCUCUCCGACAUUCCCGCUUAUGCGCAUUGUACCGAUAUUGUUACUCUCUACUUGUCCUCCUCGCCGGUGAAUAUCAUUACCGACCUCGCAAUCCUCUUUCUUCCGAUGCCGCUCUUGACGAAAAUGCGCCUACCUUUCAAGCAAAAAAUAAUAUUGGUCGUGACAUUUUCCUUCGGUUUCUUUGUAGCUGUGGUGGAUGUGAUUCGAAUUGCAUUCCUCCAACAAGCUGCCAUAUCUCGUUCACUGGAGGUCAAGUCGAUUCAUAUUCAAAACAUUGGCGGGGUGGAUUUUAGCUGGUACGCAUCGCUAUCUUUCAUGUGGUCUGUGGUCGAAGUAAACGUCUCCAUUAUCUGCGGUUGUGUUCCAAGUCUCAAGCCGCUCGUCACUCGUCUCGUUCCGAAGUUGAUUAGAGACACCAAUGAUACAACAACCGCUGGAUAUGGAGCUGGGGAAAGUCCGAUUGUGGUACCCCCUCCCGCCGCAGUAGCUGGUCCUGCGUCUGCGUCUGCGUCUGCGUCACCGGGCAGCGAAGGAGACAAAGCUUUGCAAAAUCAUGUUGGAACUUUCUCUGCUGCGCGACAAAGCUCCGGGGAGUCAGAGCCCAUGGACUUACUGGACUUUCUUGGUCGCCCAGCACCCCUCGAUAAUGAAACAGCCACACGUACUAGCACGAGCUACCCGCCGGAUAUCACCUUCUUUGACUUCGUCAACAUGAAAAACCCAGAAAGUAUGCUUAAGCUGAACACUAGGGAGUCAAUUGCGCCAAUCGCCCUGACCACGCUCCUUUUCUUCCUGUGGGGUUUCGCAUAUGGUUUGCUUGAUAUCUUGAACUCUCGAUUCCAGACCAUCGUUCACCUUGGCCCGUGGCAUUCAUUGGGUCUUCAUGGUGCCUACUUUGGUGGAUAUGUGUUGGGACCUCUAUGUGUUGGUGGCCCCGUUUUGAAAAUUUGGGGCUUCAAAGCCACAUUCAUGACGGGCCUUUGCAUCUAUGCCUGCGGUACGCUUAUUUUCUGGCCUUCUGCUGUUCUCACCUCGACGCCUGCCUUCAUUCUAUCCAACUUCAUUGUCGGGUUUGGUCUUGCUGUUUUGGAAACCGCGGCAAACCCGUUCAUCGCCCUUUGUGGACCACUGGAAAAUUCGGAGAUCAGAUUAAACAUCUCGCAGGGUGUGCAAGCUGUCGGCAGCGUCUUGUCACCGCUUCUGGCCAAGAGAGUUCUCUUCAAAGAUGUCCAGGACGUCGCAUCUUUAGUCGAUGUGCAAUGGGCAUACCUCGGCAUCGCCCUCUUCGACGUCCUUUUAGCAGUGGCCUUCUACUACCUCCCGGUCCCCGAAGCCUCAGACGAAGACCUCGAAGAAUUAGCAAAUCGUCGCCGAGAAGACAACAUGACAAAAGUCAUCGGCAUUCCCGUCGUCUGGUUGACCCUAGGCCUGGGAAUUUGGUCCCAAUUCUUCUACUGUGCCGGCCAAGAAGUCCUCGCAACAACUCUGAACCGCUUCGUCCUCGCCGCUCGCCCAGACUCCUCCCUCAAACCCUUCGACUUCCUAACAAUCGGCCAUAGUGUCUUCGCCGUGGGCCGGUUCCUCGCCGCUUUCGCUCAAUGGUUUUUGAAACCCCGCUGGAUUUUGAUGGUCAAUUACAUCGGCAUGAUUGUCUGCGGGGUCCUCUGUAUGAAAACCAGCGGCUCCGCGGCAAUUGUCAUGGCAAUGCUGCUCUACCUUUUUGAAAGCGGUACAUUCAGUAUCAUCUUCGCCAUCUCCCUCCGCGGCACCGCACAACAUACGAAGACCGCAGCCAUCCUCUUGACAAUGGCCAUCAGUGGCGGUACUUACUUCCCGUUCGCCGAGUACGCCGCAUACUUAUCCCGUGGCGAAGCAUACUCCUUCUGCGUUCUCGUCGCGCUCUUCUCCGCCGGCGCUAUCUUCCCCAUUUACCUAAACUUCGUCCCCGCCGUCAAGAAACAAGUCGACCCCGUUCCGAAUGAGUAUCUUCGUCGUCAUCGGAGGAGAACUCGUACACACGUCGACACUAUGCAGCGUGAAAAGGACAAUCCCUCUCUCGGCGGUGUCUUCUCCCGCCCGCGCAGUCUGGUCUCGAAUCCCGACCAUCUACCCGAUCUGCCCCUCCCAGAGGAUAUCCAUCGCUCUUCCCUUGCCCAUAAUCUUCCCGGUGGAAAAUCAAGCUCCAGCUCCAGUCGGGACUCGACUGAGUCUAGGAAUUUGAGCUCGAAAAACCGAUUCUCAGAUCGAAGCAAUAAUUCAUGA